CUAUAGACAUCUCAUCCUUCCCUAGCAAACUAGCAAUUAGCAACUUCCUCUGUUGUGUCAUAUAGUAUCCCUUGCAAAAAUAAAGUUCCAAAAAGUUAAGACAUGGACAAAAUGUUGUACAUGAUCCUGUUUGGUGUUUUAGCCUUGUCAAGUAUUGUGCAAGACGCGGCCGCCCAAACUGAGCAUAUGGUCGGGGACAACAUGGGUUGGAUCAUACCGAACAAUGGCGCAGCAGCUUACACAAAUUGGGCUGCUGGAAAAACAUUCAGGGUUGGCGACACUCUAGUGUUCAAUUUCCCGACCGGCCGACAUGACGUACUACAAGUAGAAAAAACUUCGUUCGAUGGCUGCAAUUCGAACAAUGCCAUAGGGACUGCCAUAAUGACAGGACCAGCAAAUAUGAUUCUUAACUCUACCGGAGAUCACUACUAUAUUUGCACUUUUGGCACACACUGCCAAAAUGGCCAGAAAUUAGAAAUUACAGUUUCCAGCAGCACUGGUACUCCAGGAGCCAACCCGCCUACAACAUCUGCCAAUGGACCUUCAGGUUCCGUUCCUGGUGGUAUUACUCCUCCUCCUCCGUCUCCUUCGUCCACAACGACCAUAAUGGCCAGUUUUGUGCUCAGUCUAUCCGCAAUUGCCUUGGCUUCUUUUCUUUAAAUUGAACCAUUUAAGGAUGUUUUGAGAUUCCUAUAGUUUAUACUACGAUGUAACCAUACUAGAUUGUAUUCGAUUCAAUUUUGUUUUAA